GAUGGCUCUGCACCGGCUGCUGUUCGCGGGCCGCAGAUCGCGUCUCUUCGGCAGCAAGGACAGCUGGUGGGGCCGGUCAGAGAGCCAUGUGGCCUCGCCACCUGUGGGGGGCCCUGACCCCUGUGAGCCGUGCCCGCUGGCUCCCGAGGUCAUCUGCUCAGACGAGGAGGAUCAGGAGGACCCAGCGGAUUACUGCAAGGGCGGCUACCACCCGGUGUGUGUGGGCGAGGUGUACAGCGAGCGCUACCGCGUGGUGCGCAAGCUGGGCUGGGGACACUUCUCUACCGUGUGGCUCUGCUGGGACCUCGCGGCGAGUGAGAUGGUGGCCAUGAAGGUUGUGAAGAGCGCCCAGCACUACACGGAGACAGCGCUUGAUGAGAUCCGCCUCCUGCGCUGUGUGCGUGACGCUGACCCCACGGACGCCAGGAGGAGCCGCGUGGUCGCGCUCCGGGACGAGUUCCGGGUCACCGGGGUCAACGGCACACACGUGUGCGUGGUGAUGGAGCUGCUGGGCGCCCACCUGCUGCGCUGGAUCGCUCGCUCGCACUACCACGGCCUGCCGCUCGCCUGCGUGCGCGCCAUCACCACGCAGGUUCUGGAGGGGCUGGACUACCUUCACAGCCGCUGUGAUGUCAUCCACACCGACAUCAAACCCGAGAACAUCCUCCUGUGUGUGGGGAGCGAGGCCCGGAAGACUCCGCCUGGAGCUCCGGCGAAAGCCGCCAAGCCCCGCAAGCGCCGCCUCCUCUUGAGGCGCGAGGACCGCGAGGCGGCCAUCUUGGAACGCCGCCGGGCCGAGGCCCUGUCCGAGAGGCUUCUCCUGACGGGCGCGGCCGGGCGCCUCCCGCGGAGCGACGCCGCCGACAACAACAACCGCGGCGGUGGCGACGCUGGGCAGCAACCGCACGGCCACGACCAGCACCACCGCAGCCACAGACAUCGCUACCACGACGUGGAGCCGGCGCGGGAGCAGCAGCCGGACGGCGAUCUCCAGCGCCAGCAUCGCGAGCGGCAGCAUCGUGAUCAGUGUGUGGAGCAGCAGCAGCAGCAGCAGCAGCACAAUCAUCAACAUCACGAUCAGCAGCAUCGUGAUCAGUGUGUGGAGCAGCAGCAGCAGCAGCUUCAUCUUCAUCAGCAGCAGCAUCCUCAACAUCAACAGCAGCAUCUCCAUCAUCUCCAGCAGCAGCAGCAUCUCCAUCAUCUCCAGCAGCAGCAGCAGCAGCAUCUCCAUCCACAGCAUCAGCCCCAUCAACACCACCACCACCAGCAGCAGCAACAACAUCAGCACGACCAUCGUCACCACCAUCACCACCAUGCGCCGGGCGGCUCGCUGGCUUCGCCGUCGUCGACCUCGUCGGCGACGCCGCGCGUCCUCCGCAGAACCCCGGCGGCGUCGUCGUCGUCGUCAUCGGCGGCGCCGCCGGUGACGCGCAGCCAGCCGGCGUGGCCCCCGGGGAUGUCCAACUGGCGGAGUCACGUGACCCUGCUGCCGCCCCCGCCACCACAGCCGCAGGCGGACCCCUCUUCGCGCCUCUCCCGCCCGCGCCGGCCUCUGAUUGGCCGCCUCUUCUCCUCCCAGCAUUCCCUGGCGGCCGAAGGCGGCCGCGGCGGCUGCGGCGAUGAUUGA